CGUCACUCAAAGAAAAUGUCUGAUUGAUAAGUGGCGAGAAACGUCAGUCCUUUAUUUGUUUUGUUUUAUUUCGUGGUAUAUUUUGCUCGAUAAUUAGGAACUUUAGCCCUAUUUUUGCAACGUCAUGGAGAAUCCAUCUGGAUCGUCCGGGAACGCCCGGCCACCUUCCAAACUGGAGCAAACCCAGCAACAGGUGAACGAGGUGGUGGGCAUAAUGAGGGUGAAUGUGGAGAAGGUACUAGAGAGAGACCAAAAACUCUCAGAGCUUGAUAGUAGAGCGGAUGCCCUCCAGGAGGGUGGUAAGAGGUUCGAACAGCAAGCUCAAAAACUGAAAAGAAAAUACUGGUGGAAGAAUAUUAAGAUGAUGAUCAUAAUUGGGGUCAUUGGAAUCACUUUGCUGAUCAUCAUCAUCGUGUCCGUAACUCACGGUAAUAGUAGCUCCGACUCCAGCACGGCAGUGAAGGAUGGAUCAAACUAGCCAAUAUUUUGUUGUGAAAACCGAUCCGGUACUACUUAUUUUUUGGUUUUUAUUGUUGAUAUGUUUUUCUUUCCCCCUAUUUUGAUACAGUUGCCUUGCAAGUGCCUUUGGUUACAUACACAUUGAUAUAUGUAAAUGGUAUUUUCAGAUGUAUUUACAAAACCUAAGCAGUAAGUGAACAAGUCAAUAAUACUAAUGAUUUAUACAUGUAAUUAAUAGUAAUUGUUUACCUAUAAUGAUUGUAAUUUUUGGUGGUUAAAUGUGAUUUGAAAAGUAA